AACCAGAGAACCCGACUCGCCGCCCCUUCGCUCGCGUGCGAACUGACCCUCCUCUCUCCCUUUCGCACUCGAUAUUCGGCGGCGGCGGCGGCCGGUGGCGGGUGUCGGGGAUGGCGGUAUGGCGAGCGGUGGGCGCUCGCGCCGUUCUUCGGCGGCUCGGCGCCGCAGCGGAGACGGCGGGGAGAUGUGAUGGCGGUGUGCUCCCGACCAUCUGUAGCAGCAGCGGAAAUGCGACAUCCGGCUUAGGUCAAUAUGCAAAUCUAUUCAGGGCACAAGCCUUUGCCUCAAGGAGUAUCCCAGCAAAUUUUCAUCAGUUUAUCCGCAAUGCUGGAAUAUCAACUACAAGGAACUUGCUUGCAGAUGAUGCUAUGGUUCCUAUUUCUUCUCCUUUGACGCCACCACUGGGUGACAGUGAAGAGACUGACAAAAAGGGGGCUGUGGUUAAGCGAUUGAGGGUCCAAGCCAUAAAAAAGGAUAUCAAACAGAGCCCAAAGAAGGUGAAUCUAGUAGCGAAUCUGGUCCGAGGUAUGCGUGUGGAAGAUGCCUUGUUGCAGCUGCAAGUGACAGUUAAAAGGGCUGCCAAAACUGUUUACCAGGUGAUCCAUUCUGCUCGUGCCAAUGCAUCUCACAACCACGGAUUGGAUCCUGAUAAGCUCAUUGUUGAGGAGGCCUUUGUGGGAAAGGGACUUUACCUGAAGAGGCUAUCUUACCAUGCCAAGGGGAGGUGCGGUGUCAUGGUGCGACCAAGGUGCAGAUUGACAGUGGUGGUUAGAGAAGCUACAGCUGAGGAAGAGGCAAAGAUUGCCAAACUCAGAGUGAGCAACUACAAGAAGCUAACCAGAAAGGAGCGGCAGCUUAUGCCGCAUCGGCUCAUCGAGGUUAGCCCGAGGUGGGCUCGCAAGAGGAAAGAAGAAGCUGGUGCUAUGGCGUAGCGCUAGUUUCUGUAUGUGGUGUCUCACUGUCUGCCUCCAUUCACCCUAUUGUGCUUGGACACACUAGAAUUUGCCGAAGAAAGAUGAUGUCUCUUACAUGAGAUAAUUCAGAGUCUGGUUUGCUGAUCCAGCCUUGUUCUAUUUGUUUGUUUCAUCGACAUGAAAACUGUCAAGACAUUACCGUGUUGCUUUGACUGUAGGACAGUGUUUCACCAGCGGUGCUCUAAUACAAUGAAUAAUUUACAUGUGAUGUUUUAUGUGAA